CGCGCGCGUUUGCCUCCCGGCGCUGGCCAUGGCUGCAAUGUCCCUCUUAUCCACUUUGGCCACCCGGCUGCUCCGGCCGGCGCAGAGCUGCCGCCUCCACCAUCGCCCCUUCCACCUCUCGGCAGUUCGAAAUGAAGCUGUUGUCAUUUCGGGAAGGAAACUUGCUGAGCAGAUCAAGCAGGAAGUGCGGCAGGAGGUGGAAGAGUGGGUGGCGUCAGGCCACAAACGGCCGCACCUGAGCGUCGUCCUGGUUGGUGAGAAUCCUGCAAGUCACUCCUAUGUCCUCAACAAAACCAGAGCAGCUGCCGAUGUGGGAAUCAACAGUGAGACAAUUGUGAAACCAGCUUCAAUUUCAGAGGAAGAACUGUUGAAUUUAAUCAAUAAACUAAAUAAUGAUGAUAACGUAGAUGGCCUCCUUGUUCAGCUGCCUCUUCCGGAGCACAUUGAUGAGAGAAAGAUCUGCAAUGCUGUUUCUCCAGACAAAGAUGUUGAUGGCUUUCAUGUAAUUAACGUAGGGCGAAUGUGUUUGGACCAGAAUUCCAUGUUGCCAGCUACUCCAUGGGGUGUGUGGGAAAUAAUUAAGCGAACUGGUAUUCCAACCCUGGGGAAGAAUGUGCUUGUGGCUGGAAGGUCAAAAAACGUUGGAAUGCCCAUUGCAGUGCUGCUGCACACGGAUGGGGCGCACGAACGUCCCGGAGGUGAUGCCACUGUCACGAUAUCUCAUCGAUAUACUCCCAAGGAGCAGCUGAAGAAACAUACGGCUCUUGCUGAUAUUGUGAUCUCCGCUGCAGGCAUUCCAAAUCUGAUCACAGCAGAUAUGAUUAAGGAAGGAGCAGCUGUCAUUGAUGUGGGAAUAAACAGAAUUCAAGAUCCCAUAACUGCUAAACCCAAGUUGGUUGGAGAUGUGGAUUUUGAAGGAGUCAGGAAGAAAGCCGGUUACAUCACUCCAGUCCCUGGGGGUGUUGGUCCCAUGACAGUGGCAAUGCUAAUGAAGAAUACCAUUAUUGCUGCAAAAAAAGUGCUGAGGCUUGAAGAGCGGGAAGUACUGAAGUCUAAGGAGCUUGGAGUAGCAAGAGGACAGCUAUGCUUACCGCUAUACCACCAACGCUGCACAAAUUUGUCUUUUCUACGAUUGCAUUUCCCAAGUGCUAUUCCAAUAAUGAGUUGAUGCUCACUUUAGGUUCCAGACCUUUUGAGUUCAACUGGUCAAACCAAAGGAAAAAUGUUGCAAGAGAAAAUUAGGGAAAAGGUAAAAAAAGAAAGAAAUGAUGGUAGUUGAGUAGGAAAAAAAUUACCCUAAUUUAAUAUAUGUACUGAUUGAUAACCAGAAGAAAAACUACAUGUUAAUAGCCUCCUAAGCUGUCAUUUUGUAGCUUUUAGUCAUUGGGAAAAUGUUUGGGGUUGUUUCAUUUGCUAUUAGCCCUCGUUUUAUGUUCGUUACCAUCCCUGAGGUUUCCCCAUUUCAGUUUUCUAGGAUUGAAAGGCUUAUUUUAUAAAUUAUUCAUGUGUGUUGUCAUAUUUGACUUUCCUACAUCCUUAAACUUCACUGUCAAAUUUUUAUACUGUUGGGGGUGUCUGUAUGGUUUCUUUAGUGUAUCUUAAAACCUGUAUUUGGAAAACAUAACUUGGGCUUCAUGAUCAUCAGGGCAGCUUGUGUAAGUGUGCAACUCACUUUUCCACCAAAGAACUGUCAAGAGCUGCUGGCUUUUCUCUGAUGCACCUGUUGGCUUUCCUUGAUUGAUUUUUGAGAACUUGAGUUAAUACUGAAUUUAAUCAGACUUUCUGAUAAAAGGACUUUUUUCCUUCAUUUCGUUUUUUUAAAUAAAACACUUCUAACUGGUA